AUGGUGCAGGCCAACUUCGGCGACAUCAAGGGGCUGAAGCCGGAGCCCUUCUGGCAGAGGUCGGGAUGGGAAGCAAGCCUGCCAGCGCUGCGAAAGGAGCCGACCCCGGCAAAGGGAUCCAAAGCCGGAGCGUCGGCCAAUUUGCGAGCGAGCGCAACGACGUCGCCGAUGGGUCUGCACAACCACAGCAUCUUGCAGGCCCCGCGACACGCUGGCAGUCCCAGUCAUCCUCCGCCGUCGCAGCAGCAGCAGCAGCAGCACGACGAAUACGGCGGCGUCGCCACGCACCAGCAUCGUCAUCACCACCAUCGCCAUCAUCGACACCGCCAUGGAUCCAAGCCUCCGACCGUGCCGCCACAAGACGCGCCGAAGCGCGAGUCAGGACGCGAGGCCUCGAGGCCCAGGCAGGAGUUCCUCUCGGCGGUCACGGCCAACGGCAACGCCUUUCGCUAUGCGACGGCGCAUUGA